GCUGUCGCAUCCGCUGACGUUUUGUUGACAUCACAGUUUUCAAUGAUUGGAGCAGUCUGCGUGAAAGAGGUCGACUUGAGUCGUAACCGUAUAAUAUCGAUACAGUCAGGAGGAAUAAAUUUAAUGAAACAUAAAAAUUGCUUAGAAAAACUUAUUCUCAAAGAAAAUAGUAUAUGGGGUGACCGUAGUAUUGUUAUAGAAUUGGUUCAAUUGGUAAAUGUUCGUUGGUUAGAUAUAUCGAAUCAGGCAACGUUACACGUCAAAACGAAAGUUAACAAAAACAAAAACUGUGUACGUUGUCUAGAUAUAACAGAUACAAAAUAUUUAUCUGACAGAUUAACGUUUGCCUUCCAACUACCACGUAAUCUGCAAUAUAUAGAUGUAUCAUAUUUUGGUAUAAGAAAUUCUGGUUUAGUUAAUCUAAAUUUCACAAAUGCUGGUAAAGUGGAUUUCUUAAAUCUAGCUGGUAAUAAGUUCAAAGAUUGUCUUGGACAUUUUCAUGGACUGUCACAUUUACAAACACUUGACAUCUCGGAUUUUAAUUGUAGUGAGCUUGAUCUAAAAAUAAUCAGUUUUAUGCCAUAUUUGAAAACAUUGAUUAGCAGAAGAACACAUUUAAAUGUCGGAUUGCAAAAUGAUGUAAAUGGUGAAUUUUUAAAACAAUUAUUUGACGUGAAACAUAUUGACUUCUCAGACAAUGGGUUUGUUACAUUCAAUCAAAACAUGUUUGUAUCGCAGUACCGUUCACUCAUUUCAUUAGAUUUAUCAAAAAACAAAUUUUCCAAAUUCCCAAUUCAAAUCAGCAAAUUUUCAACUUUGAUGAAAUUAAGUCUCGUGCAAAAUCGGAUUGCUUAUCUACAGAAAUCUGAUAUGAAUCAACUGGAGAACUACAUACGUGAGCAUAAUAUUAAAUUUGAGCUUCUUUUGAAUGACAAUCAUUUCGUUUGCAAUUGUGACUCGAUCGAUUUUGUGAUAUGGCUCCAAGAAACAAAAGUGACACUAGAUAAAAACCGCAACUACUCGUGUGUGUAUAUUGAUAACAGCCAGAAAAAUACAGUUUAUGCAUACAAACAUCUUGAAUUCAUUGAGAGUAAAUGCCCCAGUAAGAUAUGGCUUACCAUAACAAUAAUUGGUGUGGUGGUUUUUCUUUUCAUUUUCACAGCAAGUGUCAUAGCAUACAAAUAUAGAAUAACUCUACAUUUUUGGUACCUUCAUAUCCGCCGGAAGUACCGCCAUUAUACAGCACUAGAAGGAGGUUCUAAAGAGUACAAGUAUAAUGCAUUCGUUGCCUAUUAUAAUGAAGAUGAAGAAUGGGUUUGUGGGUCUCUCGUUAAUUAUUUGGAAAAGAAAAAUGGUUUGGCAUUAUGUUUACACGAUAGAGAUUUUGCAGCUGGGAAGCUUAUUAUGGAUAAUAUCAUAGACGCCAUUUUUGAAAGCAAAAAAGUAGUUCUUGUUAUCAGUGAAGAAUUCUUGAAAAGUUCAUGGUGCGAGUUCGAACUUGAUAUGGCGAGAAUGAAAAUGUUUCAAGACAACAGAGAUAUGUUGGUCGUUGUCCUGUUGGACAAACUUUCUACGUCACAAAUGCCUAUUUCCUUACAGAGAAUUUGGAACAAAGUGACAUGUUUAGAAGUUGACGAAACAAUCUGAACAAAUCAAAAUGGCAAUUUUGAACAUUUAUUCUGGAAAAGACUAUAUGAAGCAGUCGUGAUGUAAAUGGAAAUUUAAACGUUGAUCAAUUCUACUUAUUAUACGAAUAAAAAGCACCACUUGAGAUGUAUUGCAUUCCAAAAGCAAUCUUUGGACAAGUGUCUAUAAAACAUUUAAAGCUCUUAAUCACACUGAAACAUUGUCGAUGAAGAAGUAUCGUCAACUUUCUGUAAUUAUUUCUUUAAAUUUAUUUGUUACAAUGUAGACAUGCAUCAGUUUACAAGUAGUAAAUGUAGGUCUAUGACACACGGCGUUCCGUUCCUUAACAUCAUGUGAAUAUUUCAUUUCCGGAAUUUACUUGAAACAUCUAUAUAAAACAAGUGAGGACACAGAUACAUAUUGUCAGUGGUGCAAAGAUGGAUAUAGAUGCAUAAAAAAUAAGUUCAUGUUUAGUAAAAGAAAAUGUACUGUGGUCAUGAAACAGACAUACUUUUUCUAGUAUGUUUUUGUCGUUAUAAAUAACCAAGGGAAUUUGACAACAGGCAAAGCCUUUAUAUUCAACCUACUGGAUAGGCAUUGUCGCAUAACACCUCAUGUUCCUUUUAGUUGGAAAGCAAAAUAAAAACCUUUAGUGAAUUAUUAUCUAACCUCCUUUACAUUUCUAGGAAUAUCAUUGGCUCAAAGCGAACAGACAUACCUAAAUUUAGACAAUGCCUGUAACAUAUAUAGUGAAAAGAAUAAUUUUGAAGAGUUGAGUUUUUUCUAGUGUUAAAAAUACAUAAGUUUCAUUCAACAGUUCAUCCUGAAGAAUAUCAAUUUGAAAGUCUGUUUUGGUCUUGUGAGUUUUAUCCCUUUAGAACAUCUUUUCUUGUAACAUUUGAGAAAUGUUGAAGAGUUGGAGCUAGUAAAAGGCAUACUUUGUAAGGAGCAGAAUUAGUAUAAUUUCUUUUUUUCUAUAUGUUAACAACAUACUCAUCAUAUAUACCAGGAUUAAAAUUGCGUACGCCAGACACACGUUUCGUCUGCAAAAGACUCACCAGUGACGCUCGAAUCAAAAAAAUAAAACGACCAAAUAAAGUACGACGUUAAAGAGCAUUGAGGACCAAAAAUUGCGAAAGGUUUAGCCAAAUACAUUUAAGGUUGUUUAUUCCUUGGGUAGAAAAUCCUUAGUAUUUCGAAAAAAACAAGGUUGUGUAUACAAUUAAUUCUGGUCUUAUAUUACUUUAAUAUACGUAUUUUAAAACAAAUGUGGAACAUAAAAAGACAAUGCUUUAACAUUUAAACUAUGGAAAACUUUUAAAAUAUAUAAACCAUGAAGUAAGGUGUCUGGUUUAAAUUAUCUCCAAGGAAAUGAGAUGUGUUAAUGACAACGGGUGCAACUAGGGGAGCAGGAUCUGCUUACCCUUCCGGAGCACCUUAGAUAACCCCCGAUUUUUUUGGGGGUUUCAUGUUGCUCAG